AUGGCCCACAUUUUUGAACUUUCUGCUGUCCUUGAUACCGGUUAUGUAGAUAGAAAGAAGGUUGACGACCGAUUUAAAUUUCCCAAUACUGGUAUCUUUAGUGGGAUUAACAAACCAUUCCGGUUAGAAGGAGACAUCUUUGACCUUGAGGUGGAGGGGAAAAUCCCCCUAGAGAUCAAUGUCCUUGAAGACGAUAUUCAUUUCAACGGUGACGGUAAUAUUACAGCUAUCCCUAUUGGAAACGGCCACGCAGACUACAAGCAACGUUAUGUUAGAACAUAUAGGUUUCUAGCAGAGACUUCAGCUGGAAGAAGUCUGUUUGGAAGAUAUCGUAAUCCCUAUACAGAUUCUGAACUAGUAAAAUCUGUAAUCCGAACCGCUGCAAACACCAACAUCACGUUUUGGAGAGGAAUGCUUCUUGCCUCCAAGGAAGACGGUCCGCCGUACGCCAUGGAUCCCGUGUCUCUGGAAACAAUUGGGUGGUACGACUUCGAGGGCCAGAUUACGGCGCCGACAAUGGCUGCGCACCCUAAAUUCGACCCUGAUACAGGAGAAAUGAUAUGCUUUGCAUACGAGGCUGGUGGGGAUAAAAAUGAUGGUUUGCGCCGCAUCGCAGUGUGGACUAUCGAUGCAGAUGGCGGAGGCAAUCAUUGGGUAUGGGACCCUAAGGAACAUCAGUGGUACAGUAUUGUUCCACGGAGGAUGGGAAAGCCCGAGGACAUCGUGUGGUUACGUUCUGGAAAUGCAUUUCAUGGCCAUGUUGCCGGUUGCUAUGAAAAUGAUCAGGGGAAUAUCGUGUUCGACCUUACGGUCGCGGACGGUAACGUAUUCUUCUUCUCCACGCCCGACGAUGAGCCAACCGGAAGCAUAUUCAAUCCAAAGAGUCCUUCAGAGUCAUGGGUAGAGCCAAGCGAGGUAUGGAAUACCAGCGGCAGAUUAUCCCAUAUAGAUGACCGUUAUGUCACGAAGAAGUACAAUCAUUUCUGGCAAGCAAAGAUCGGUGGCGCAAGGGAGUAUGAUGUUGCCAAAUAUAGUUCGCCCGCAGGGGGACUAUUCAACUGUCUGGCUCACUACACAUGGGAUGAGAGAAAAGAGGAUCCAUCAUUUAUACCAAAGAGCGACGGUGCAGAAGGAGAGGGCUGGCUAAUUGCUUUGUUGAAUCAUCUGGAUGUCCUGCACAACGACGUCGUCAUCUUUGAUGCCCUUAACCUCGCAAAAGGCCCCGUAGCCACCAUUCGUCUUCCAACGAAACUUCGUCUUGGCCUUCAUGGAAACUUUGUGGAUCAACGAGAUAUUGAGGAAUGGCAAGCAAGAAGGCAACCCAGCGGGGAUGUCGGUUUUGUGAAACCUGCGACAAAGCCGCUACCCUGGCAACUGGAGGCUGAAAACCCCUGA